GAUCCGCAGUAUGGGUUCUUCGAAACCCUCUGCGUCUCCCAAAAAGAGGAGUUUCCGACUGAGCUCGGUUUGUGGGAGGGGAUGCUGGAUUGUGCGUUCGAUCAGCUGAGCUACGAACCCGGCAAAUUCUCGCGGUCGCAGGCCAUCCUCCUCAACCAAGGCAAAAUCGACUCGGUGAAACAAUACGUGGCUCAGAAGUUAGCCAACACUCCGUUGUGCGAGAUGCAACAAGAACAGCCGCAUGCGGAACGUCACGUGCAGAACGACAAGCGGAUCAACUGCGCGGGUUCGUUUUUCUCCAUGCAGAGAGAGCGCUUUUUGAAGGGUGAUCGCGACGGGCGAGUGCCCACGUUCAAGGCCUCCGCUAUCGAGUACGCCGUGUUCCCCGCGGACGCCGAAGAGUCGCUGAACAUGAUCACCGAGGACGACGUGCAGUCCGCCCG